AAUUUUGUUGUGAGACAAGCCGUCGCAACUACAUUAUGAGCGCCCUGAAUGAACAGUAUGAAGAGCAGGUCCGUCCCCGCAUCGACCUCGUUGAUAAACUCCGCUCUCUCGGUGUAGAGAAGGACUUGGCGCUGCCCGCUAUCGCCGUGAUUGGAGACCAAAGCUCCGGGAAGAGCUCUGUGUUGGAGGCGCUGUCAGGGGUGGCACUGCCGAGAGGCAGUGGUAUUGUGACAAGAUGUCCAUUGGAACUGAAGAUGACAAGAAAGAAGAGAGGAGAUGAGUGGUAUGGAAAGAUAAGCUACCACAACUAUGGAGAAGAGCUAAAAGAUCCUGCACUUGUGGAGCAAAAGAUUCGAGAAGCUCAGCUUAAACUGAUUGGGAACGAUGUGGGGAUCAGCAGUGAGCUCAUCAGUCUGGAGAUCGCUUCCCCUGAUGUUCCAGACCUUACACUGAUCGACCUGCCUGGCAUUGCCAGGGUGGCUGUGGAAGGACAGUCAGAGAACAUUGGUGAACAGAUAAAAGAAAUGAUCCAGAGUAUCAUCAAAAAACAAGAAACCAUCAGCUUGGUGGUUGUUCCCUGUAAUGUGGACAUUGCAACCACAGAAGCUUUGAAGAUGGCAAAGGAGGUGGAUCCUGAUGGAGAGAGGACUUUGGGCAUCUUGACUAAACCUGACCUGGUGGACGAAGGCACAGAAGAGACAGUGAUUAAAAUUGUCCAUAAUGAAGUCAUCCCUCUGAAGAAGGGUUACAUGAUUGUCAAAUGCAGAGGUCAGAAGGAGAUCACAGAGAAGGUGCCUCUUAGUGAAGCAAUAGACAAAGAGGAAACCUUCUUCAAGGAGCAUGCUCAUUUCCAGAUUCUCUAUGAUGAAAGUCAGGCCACUGUUCCUAAACUGGCAGAAAAACUGACUCUUGAACUGGUGCAUCAUAUCCAGAAAUCUCUGCCUCGGCUUGAUGAGCAGACACAGAAGAAACUCAAAUGGACUCAGGCAAGGCUGGCCGAAUUAAGAAAAGGACCUCCAUCUGAUGCAGCUGAGAGACUAAAGUUCCUCAGUGACAGAGUGUCAGCAUUCACACAGGAUGCUAUCAGUCUCACCAAAGGUGAAGAAUUAAGAUGUGGCUACAAGUCCAACAUCUUUUCCACGCUCAGAACUAAGUUUGAAGCAUGGGAGAAAUUCAUACAGAACUCUGGAACAUCAUUUGAAACGAGUGUUCGGACAGCAGAGUCUCAGUUUGAACAAAAGUACCGUGGGAAAGAACUGCCCAUGUUUAUCAACUACAACACCUUUGAGGCCCUUGUCCAGGAGCAGAUCAGGCAGCUGGAAGAGCCGGCUGUCCAGAAACUCAAGGAAGUGUCAGAGAUUAUGGGGAAAGAGCUGUUUGAAUUGGCACAAGACAACUUUGUUGGUUUUCCUAACCUCAUCAAUGCAACUAAGUUGAACAUUGAAACCAUCAGAAAUGAAAGGGAAGAUGCAGCAAGGUCCAUGCUGAGGAUGCAGUUUCAGAUGGAGCUGGUUGUCUACACUCAGGACAACAGAUACAUCAGGAAGAUGAAUAAGAAAAUUGCUCAACAAGGACUAGGACCACAACUGCACAGCAGUGGGUUCACCCCGAAAGAGAUGAUGAAACACUUUGGAGUAUAUUACAAAAUUGCUGGUCAACGUCUGUCUGACCAGAUCCCCCUGGUGAUCCGCUAUCAGAUGCUGCAGGAGUUUGCCUGCCACGUGCAGAGGGGAAUGCUGCAGAUAUUACAGCAGAAAGAGAGAGCAGAGUCCCUGCUUGAAGAGGACACUGUCACAAAAAAUAGAAGAGAAGAACUUCAGCUGCGCCUUGAGCGCCUCUCAAGAGCUCGCCUUCUGUUAACUGAAUUUAGUAUGAACACACACAAAGUCAACUCAAUGGGAAAGUUAACAUCAGAUUUCUGACCUGACAAAUAUGUUCAGCACAAAAUUGAACCUCACGCUACUCUUGUGUUACUUUCUGCAAUAAUAAUUUUAAAGAAACAUUACACUGAAGGUAUAGGAAUUAGAAGUAUUUUUUUUCUUACUUCUUAUUUGCCAAACGGCAUAGCAACAUCUAAAAAAAAAGAAAUCCAGAGAGAAAUAUAACAAGGGGAUAUAAUGAAGUGACUCAGGCCGAUUUUGAAUGCCCCCCUCCCAUUUAUCAAAAUUUGAAGAGAAUAUGUGCAAAACUUCUUUUUAUAGAAAAUUUGCUGCAUACCAGAAACAGUUGCAACAGGAGUUCUUAAGUGGUAGAAAAAAAGAAAAAGCAGCUCAAUCAGAAUGUCUGUUGUGGACCAGAAUAUUUUUGCAUUGGCAGGUACUCUGUGUACUAAUGUGCUGUAUCACUAUAGGUUGUCUAUUCCUCUUCAGU